AUGAAGUGCAAUCGUUGUGACCAAGAUAUCCUAUCUACCGAAGUUCAAUGUCGAGGUUGUAAAUCCGAAUACCAUUUUGUUUGUUCGAUAUCGGAAGCUACAUACAGGGCAAAAUCAAAAUCCGCCAAAGCAACGUGGAGAUGUGCGGUUUGUCGUUCCGCCAAAAAUGCAGUGACUGGGAGCGCUACUGUUGAUGAGGACGGAGACGAAGGGGAUAGCGAUACCAAUGAGGAAAGUUCACAAUCCAAGGUAACUUUAGAUGCUAUACUUAAGUCGAUUCAAUUUAUGUCCAAUAAAUUCGAUAAUCUGUCAUCUCGUUUCGAUCAAUCCAUUCAAGAAAAUCAGGAACUAAAGGAGGAAAUAAAAGGUUUAAAACGAAUGCUGGAACGAAAGGAUGAACAAAUUGCCGAAUUAGAUGUCCGUGUCAAUGUUCUUGAGCAACGUUCAAAAAGAAAGUACGUUGAGAUUCACGGCGUAAGCGAUAAUGACCAAAUUUCACCCGAAAAUCAAUUCGAAAAAAUUGCACAAUCUGUGGGAUGCGGUAAUAUUACACCCAUAACAGUAACAAAAAUAAAACUUGCUAAUUCUUCGUUUCUACUGGCUAAAAUGGAAAGCGCGGAAUUAAAAAGAACGUUUCUCAAAAAGGGAAAACAGUGGUGGGCAAAUCUUUCGGAACUCGAAAAGAAAAGUAACGCGAAAUUAUACUUUAACGAAAACUUAACUCCACAAAAUCGGAAAAUGUUAAAGGAAGCCAAAAUACGUGCUAAAAUUUAUAAUUUCAAAUACGUAUGGGUCAGUGAAGGACGUAUAUUGGUGCGUAAAGACGAUAAUCAACGUGCAUUUCGAAUAAACUCGUUGAGUGAUGUAAACAAAUAUAUAAACUGA